UGCUUUUUGGAGCUAUGAAUAAUCUCCGAAUACAUUUUGUACGGAUUUAAAAUAAUAUCCUAUUUGAACAAUACGUUUACGUUAAAGACUCGAAAAGUGUAACGGUUUAUUGACGAUGGAUUCGUUAGGCGCAGAGAGGCUAGACAGUGUCUGCGUGAAGACUGAACCCUAUAAGGAUUUGUGUAUAAAAGAGACCACGUUUCACGUGUCUGUAAAGGUUGAGCCGUUGCUGGAUGAUGUGUGUGUAAAAGAAGAGGCACUCGGCGUGAGCGCAGCGGAGACGCUGUACGCCGAUCACGUGAUACAAGAGGAGCUAGUGCUCGGACCCGUGCUAGUAGAGCGGCGCGGCGUGCGCCAAGCACCAACAGCUUUCAGCCUGGGGACAGAAGCGAAGCAGUCAUGUGAGAUUGUCCCCGGGAGACCCGUUCUGAGGGACUGCUGUGUGAGGCUGGAGCGUCUUGUUGUGGACACACUGCACACUAGCACUCGGAACACAGACCGGGACAGCCGGAGAAGAGGCUGUGAUGAAGAGACCACGAGAGAUGUAGAGUGUGGAUACAGGAACACCACAGUUGAGAAUGUUAAGGGAAACUAUCAAAGGCAAACUCCUCGGAAAAAAACAAGGGGUACUCGCAGACCUGAAACACACCAAUGUGACCACUGUAAAUAUGCAACAGCUGUUAAAGGAGAUUUGCAAGUUCACGUAAGAAAACACACUGGCGACAAGCCUUACAAAUGUGACUACUGUAAAUAUGCAACAGCUGAUAGAGGAAAUUUGCAAGUUCACGUAAGAAAACACACUGGCGACGAGCCUUACAAAUGUGACCACUGUAAAUAUGCAACAGCUUUUAAAGGAAAUUUGCAAGUUCACGUAAGAAAACACACUGGCGACAAGCCUUACAAAUGUGACCAGUGUAGUUAUGCUAGCAGCCGUAAAGGUACUUUGAAAGUUCAUGUAAGAAAACACACUGGCGACAAGCCUUACAAAUGUGAUCACUGUAAAUAUGCAACAGCUAAUAUAGGAAAUUUGCAAGUUCACGUAAGAAAACACACUGGCGACAAGCCUUACAAAUGUGACCACUGUAAAUAUGCAACAGCUAAUAAAGGACAUUUGCAAGUUCACGUAAGAAAACACACAGGCGACAAGCCUUACAAAUGUGACCACUGUAAAUAUGCAACAGCUUUUAAAGGAAAUUUGCAAGUUCACGUAAGAAAACACACUGGCGACAAGCCUUACAAAUGUGACCAGUGUAGUUAUGCUAGCAGCCAUAAAGGUACUUUGAAAGUUCAUGUAAGAAAACACACUGGCGACAAGCCUUACAAAUGUGAUCACUGUAAAUAUGCAACAGCUAAUAUAGGAAAUUUGCAACGUCACGUAAGAAUACACACUGGCGACAAGCCUUACAAAUGUGACCAGUGUAAAUAUGCAACAGCUAAUAAAGGACAUUUUCAAGUUCACGUAAGAAAACACACAGGCGACAAGCCUUACAAAUGUGACCACUGUAAAUAUGCAACAGCUUUUAAAGGAAAUUUGCAAGUUCACGUAAGAAAACACACUGGCGACAAGCCUUACAAAUGUGACCAGUGUAGUUUUGCUAGCAACAAUAAAGGUACUUUGAAAGUUCAUGUAAGAAAACACACUGGCGACAAGCCUUACAAAUGUGAUCACUGUAAAUAUGCAACAGCUAAUAAAGGACAUUUGCAAGUUCACGUAAGAAAACACACAGGCGACAAGCCUUACAAAUGUGACCACUGUAAAUAUGCAACAGCUUUUAAAGGAAAUUUGCAAGUUCACGUAAGAAAACACACUGGCGACAAGCCUUACAAAUGUGACCAGUGUAGCUAUACUAGCUGCCGUAAAGGUAAUUUGAACAUUCAUCUAAGAAUACACACUGGCGACAAGCCUUACAAAUGUCACCAGUGUAGUUAUACUAGCUGCCGUAAAGGUAAUUUGAACAGUCAUCUAAGAAUACACACUGGCGACAAGCCUUAAAAAUGUGACCAGUGCAGUUAUUAUACUCCUUAAUGUACUGCUCUGUAUAUAUUGUGCAUGUAUGUGUAUAUAUAUAUAUGUUUAUAUAUUUAUUUGUGUUAUAUUAUUUAUUUAUUUAUCAAUAAUUUACUAUAUGUACUGUCUGAUUAAUGUAUGUGUAAUUCCUGUUCCUCUAAUUAAUUCGUGCACUACCUGUUUAUAAAAACUUUUGUUCUUCAUAUCCUGCUACCCUAAGGUUGUCUGGAAGAGAUCGCUCACAGCGAUAAGACCGCCUGUUGCUGCCAUUAUUUACAUUGUAAAUCUGUUUUAAAAAUUUUGUUUCUUUGUGGUGCAAUAAAGAAUAUUUAUUAUUAUUAUACUCAUAGAUUAACAUUAUUUGCAACGUCAUAUAAGAGAAACACACUGGAGAGUGUCAUCAUGACAAAUUUUGGAUAGCGCUGUUGGUUUUCCAUGUAUCAAAAAAUAAAUAAAAAGAAAUAAAAAAUGU